GCGUUCUAUUGCCCGCCCAGGUGCAGGUGACGUAGUCCUGUAAGAGGCGGUGCUUUGGAGUUUGGUUUAUAUGCCCCUCUGCACUCAAACUGCGGGCACCAGAGGGAGAGAUCGGUUUGCAGGAGGUGGUGCACGUUAUGGGCUUGGAACUAGACCCCUUUCAAAUCUGUUGUGGUUGAUUAUUUGUUCAUCAGUCCAGCCCAGUCGCAAGCCCACGGUGCCAUAAAGAAAGACUCGAGCUCUGUAUGUUGUUUUUUUUUUUGCGUGCGUGGACGUGGGAAGUGGAAGGCAGACAAUUCAAUCUGCAAUUCGUGCUCUGCAGUGGUGGUGGGGGGUAAGAUCAGCGACCGCACAGCAAACUGACAACAGAGACCAAGGAGUGACCCGUUAAUAAACACACCGCAACAACAAGACAGGAAACACGGGCACGCCGCCGCGAUCGAAGAAGAAGCCGACCUAAGGACCGUUUUAAAAAGGAGGAUACUUGGACCCAUUCAGCGUUGACAGAAAUCCGAGCAAGCCACAGUGCACACGAAUAUAGUCGGUGCUGCUCCGGGCAUCGAUACAUUGUGCUGGGCUUGUGUCCCCUGGUCCAGUUUCUGUCCGCAGCGAUGUUCCCGCUGACAGCUGUCCACAGGUUCAACACCGACUGAAGAUUUGAUUUUUUUUCUCGGAUAACAGUGUUGCAACAGGUAAAGAACAACACGCCACGGGGUUGUAUUGAUCUGCUUCAUGAUCUUCUGGUGUCCUGCUAAACCAUCCUGUGUAGAAAUGUCGAACCAAAACCGAAUCGCCAAGAAGAAUUUCCAAGCGCCAGAUUAAACCGAAUUAAAAAAAAAAAAAAACACUCUCACGUUCCGGAAAUCGAUUUGUAUUCAUGAUUUAGCAUAACUGUUUACUUUUCUUUUUUUGUUUUUAUUAUUUAAUUUUUAAAUUUAUUAUAAACAAUCCAUUGUGUCCUUUUUUUAAAAUUAAGUUUUUUUUUUUUUCAUACACGCCUGUCUCAUAAUUAGUUCCAUUCCCUGGGCAAUAAAGGAGGUUUUUGUUUUUUUUGUCCUAAUUGCGAGACAUUGGGGCUGCUUGUCAAUGGCGUUUCUAAUGAAGAAGAAGAAGUUCAAGUUUCAGACCUCCUUCACCCUGGAGGAGUUGACCGCUGUACCGUUUGUCAAUGGAGUGCUUUUCUGCAAAAUAAGACUGCUGGAUGGAGGCGAUUUCACAACGUUGUCUUCAAGGGAGGAGGUGCUGGAGAACAGUGUUCACUGGAAGAAGAGGUUCUGCUUCGUAUGCAAGAUGAGUGCCAAUCCCACCACGGGGGUGCUGGACCCCUGCGUCUGCAGAGUGUCUGUUCGCAAGGAGCUCAAAGGCGGAAAGACCUACUCCAAGCUUGGUUUUGCUGAUCUCAACAUGGCAGAGUUUGCUGGCUCAGGCUCCACCGCGCGCUGCUGCUUGCUGGAAGGGUACGACACCAAAAACACCCGGCAAGACAACUCCAUCCUAAAGGUAACUAUAGGCAUGACGCUGCUGUCUGGAGACCCCUGCUUCAAAACGCCUCCUAACACUGCCAAGUCCAUCUCGAUCCCCGGACUGGAUCACUCCCUGCAGCUGGACUGCAAGGGGGAGGGGGAGGGGACGGGAGGGGGCAGCAUCAGCAGCGUCCCCCCUACCGGCAUCACCGCUGUCAGGCAGCUGAAAACCCGUGCCUCCAUGCUCAGCUCCGGUCUGCCUGAGGAACUGGAUCAGAACCUGUCGAGUCCAGAUGAAGUUUUCCACACGGGUCAUUCCAGAAACUCGAGCUACGCCAGCCAGCAGUCCAAGAUAUCAGGCAGGAAACAGCUCGGUAUCUUGCCCACCUCCCUUCCUAACAUUCUCUCUUCAGAGGGAAGCCCCACUCCUGUCACCCCGUGUAGAGACAGAGGUUACAGCACAGAGCACUCGCGCUCCUCCAGCAUGUCAGACCUGACGCACCGGCGCAACACCUCCACCAGCAGCAGCGCCUCGGGGGGGCUCAGCAUGGCGGUGGAGAGCGCCGAGGGGGAGCCCAGCCGUCCCGAGAGACCACCCCGACCGCCACGCCCUGCCCUGCUGCCAGACAGGCCUGCCAGAAGGAAGAAGGACUCUGUGGAAAGCCACCCCACCUGGGUGGAUGACACGCGGAUGGACGCGGACGACAUCGUGGAGAAGAUCGUUCAGAGCCAAGACUUCAGCGACGUCAGCAACAACGAAGACAGUAAUUUGAGGCUGUUUGUCAGCAGAGACGGCACUACUGCAUUGAGCGGGGUUCAGCUAAGAAACAGGAUAUCGGCUGGUGUGUUCGAACCGGUGGUGAUCGAGAGCCAUUAAAUAUUGUGAUUUCCAUAUUGUCACUGUGCGAGCAAGUGAAGUUGCUCCCUCCACUGGAGACCAUUGUGGAACAGCUGCCAAGCGUGUGGAGCUGCUGUCCUGUACCGCCCUCCCUGUGUGUCCUCCUAGUACCUUUCAUAAUAUUAAUGAUAGACGUAUAGAUUAUAUAUACACUGUGUACCACUAAUGGGGUUCUGCCAUGCCAGUGUGACAUGUUAAAGAUUAUACUACUAAUAUUAAUAAGAAUUACUACUGCUGGCAACAGCCACUGAAAACAAAGGGCGAACGGGGAAGACCUCUUAAAUGUCUACAAUUUAUAUAUUGCUGUUUUAUGUAUUGACUGUAGGGUGUUCUGAAGACUACGUUUCCCAGGAGCUCUUGCUGCUGCACCGCUCAGGGAGUUGAUCUCUUGAGAUGCAAAGAGUGAUUUGGAAAUGUAGUUCUGUUGUAUUAAAAAAAAAAUUCCGGGAGUACAUCCUUUCCGGACAGCCUGGUUGUCUGGGAAAUGCGGUUUUGAAGUGUUCAAGUGAACUGCGGGAGAGAUUUUGCCUGAAAGGCUGUAUUGUGAGAGCAGGGUGUCUGGGUCUUGGGUAUACUGGAUUUAGAAAAGGUAUGUCCUCUUGAAAUUGGAAGUGAAAUGCUGUUUUGAAACCUGUGUAAGAGGAGAGAUCAGUCUUGAUUGUGUUGAGGGGGGAAUUCUGCUAUUGCUGUGAGCGCAUUGAAAUCAGCCUUCAACACAUUCAACACAGCCUGCUUUCCAGUGUAGAGUUCUGCAUGUCGAGGAAGCAGAGCGCUCCACUUGAGGGGUAUCUCCAUGCUGGUGUAGGUGAGGGCAGGGACUGGGGUCUGGUUUGUAACUGUUUUAAACAAAUUGAACUCUGAUGCUCUUGGAGACUUUAACCAACUGUCUUGUUGUAUUGUUGUUGUUAUUAUUGUUAUUAAUAUCUGAGAAGAGGCUGCUUCAUGCAGGCAGUGACUGUUAUGAUUGACAUGAGUCUGCGUUUGCCUGAAAGAGCGAUGCACAGCAUGUCUCUGUUCAGGCACGUAUUUUCCAGGGAGUCCUUCUCCUAAACAAACCAAGACAGCUAGGCUGUUUUUUCUGUCACCACGAAAACGGUUGUUCUCGUGCAUGCUAGCUGGGCUGGCUUGUACGAGAGAGAAGCAGCGUGAAGUUCUUCAUUAAAUCUGUGAGCUGCUUGUCUCUGUAUUUCUCCUUCCUUAGCAUUUCCUAGCAAAAAAACAUUGUCUCUUAGGCUCACUGUGGCUGCUGCUGUGGAACUAUAUAGACCACAACAGUAUUGUUUCUGUCGUAUAUCUCUUCUGCAUACACUCUGCUCAGUAUGGGUUAGAUUCGGUUAAAUACAGCGCCUGCCUUUCCUAUUCUAUGACAAUUUAAGGUAAGAGGUGCAGCUUCAGUUAUAUGUGACUUCAGUUAAGAGCUUGCAAUGCAAACUUCUUCUAAAAAAAAAAUUGAUUGAAAAGCACCUUAAUAGGAAAAUAACCCAGUUGCUGCAUUUUUUUUUAAACAAUGAUCUGCCCCAUCCACAUAACCUUGAAAGAGCCCUGUCUCUAACCAAGAGAGUAAAAACUGUUUUUAGGACGUAUUCGCUGAUCAAAAGACCAGGUGCAGGAAACGGCGACCUCUAGUGGAUAAGACGGGGUAAUUUCCACCAUUUGGAAAGUUUUAACCAUACCCUAAAAAAAAAUAAUAAAACUAAAUUAACAUCCAGCAAGUCAUUCAUGACAGAACAAACACUAGCACUAGGACUAGACCUGCUUGCGUUGCGUUUUCUGUAUCAAGCAGCACCUUUCGUUAUUGUGCAUAUCUGCACCAGCCGGGCAGCCGAUCAUGCACAGGUGUGUCUAGGCUAUUGAUUAACCCUAUAUCCCUCUAGCUUGGAACACAUUGAUCCUUUCCACUGUUCCAGUAGCGAAGCGUUGCAAGGUUUUGCAAGCGAGUAUUCGAGUAUAAAUCGAGCACUUUCUCUAUGUCGUGGUGACUUGUUCUCAAACAGAACGCUGAAGCCCGUGUCUUGUUUUCUGACGGCGAUUGUGUUUAACCCUUUACCGCUGUCUGUAGAUAUUACUAACCUGUUCACCUUUCACCGUGUUAUAGAUUUUUAGUAUUUGAUUUUAAUGUAGUUUUGUUGUUUGUUUUUUUUUUAAACCAGCGGGCUGGUUUUUUUUUUCUUUUCUUUUUUGAUAUCUUAACUGAGGGGAUGGAAAUCAUAAUUUACCCCCCCCCUUCAACUGCGUAUUAUUGAAAACGAGAGUUCGGCGUUCUCCAUGUUUUAUGAUACAUUUUUGUAAACGAGGCCGUCUCUUAAUUUUGUUGUUGUACAAGCUGUUUGUUUUUAACUUGUGAUUUUUUUUCUAUUUAAAAAAAAUAAAUAAAAUAAAUCAGUAUAAAUAAAAUAUUUUAGCAUAAUCAAGUGCUGCUGUUGUGGACUGAAAUAAACGGGUUGCCAGUCUGUCCACGGGUAGGCGCUGUGGUUCAUCUGUGAUGAAACCCUGCCACCGUGAGCCCGUGUGUUUGAAAUGUGUUUUGGCCGUUCACAAUUCCGUGUAGCCACGCAGUUCCACGCGUGUCAAGCUACCUUUGACUGGAUGUAGAUCAGAGUGGGGCUCUCUUAAUGAUUUUAACACCCGACCUGGGUCAAUUACAAUUGUCUAAUUUGUAGAUCAAUAUCAUUGUAUUUGGACUUCAACACUGGCACACCUGCAUAAUUGUAAUUAAACCAUAUAAUUGAUCACUUACAGUUCAAUUACACAACUAUUUUUUUUCUUGAAUUUGAUAAGUGUGAUCCACUGCAUAUGGGCAUAAUCUUGCUGAAUGACGCAAAUAAAAAGUGAUCUGGCGUGUUUCUGUAUUUGAACCUGUGAUGUAUGCCUUGGUUAUUUUAUACAGUGAACAUGUGAAUCUGUGUAGCUGGGUGUUGCUUCUGUGGCGUAGUUGUAAUGUUAUAAUUGUAAUCACCGAAGCAGAAUUGUAAUUCAGUCAAACCCCAUUGUAAUUCCAAACGAUGCUGCUGGAAUUGUAAUUCUAAGUGACCACAGGUCAGCUAAACACGGGCGGGUCUAAAGACUGCUCUUUCCACUGUGUUGUAUUGUUUGUAUUGACGUUUUAAUAACUCGCCCCUGCGGAAUGAAAACACCAGCAGGAGAGUUAAGAGAGAUCAGAUCUGUCGCUUUUUAGAUCAUUAACACAGACCCCCGGGGACAGAAGCGGCAGCCGCAGCAGUAUCCAGUUGGAUUUAUCUGUGCAGCAUCUUCUGCAAGAAUAUCGAGGAAGUCCGUGACUAAGAGACAAAGACAAAGGGACCAAUAUUAGCAGUUAUACCCACAUAUAUAUAAUCUUUAAUACUGAUAUAGAUUUUUUUUUUUAAUAUCCUGUUUUCAAACAAAACGUGGACUAAGUUACUUUGCACUGAAUCGUUGUAAAAUAACCCCAUAUUCUUAACAAACCCUAGCCACCUCUGUUUCUACAAACCUUUUUGAGUGAUCACAACUGUGCAGCAGCACUGAAUAUUUUUUAAAAACCUAUUUUAAGUUAAGGCUGAUCAAUAAUAUUGUGCAAUAUUAAAAUACAAGAAAGUAUUGGAGAAUUGCUGUAGCGUUCCACCCUCGCUGAUUUUACAGUGGUUUUGUAGUCCAGUCCCAGGUGUUUCAAUAUCACAGGUAGCUACAGUGACGUCACAAUUUGUAUGGGUUUGUAGCUGAUGGCACUGUUGUAUGCGUGGCAUGGAUACAACACACUAUAUUGUAGGGUGGAAGAAUAAUGACCAGUUCACUCAAUGGGCUUGCUUUGACACACAUUUGCACGAGUCUGUUUUCUGAAAACUCCAGACUGUAUGAUGCCCAUUCCAACAGCACUUGACAAGUUUAAAAUCUGUUCAUUUUUUUUUUUUCUUUCUGGAAAGGGAUUCAAGCUAUGCACAGGAGUCUGGGACUCCCAAGUAAGAUGGAUAUUAAUAAUGUGUCUAACUCCAGAAUAAAUAAUAAAUACAGAAUUAAAUUUAACCAAAAAAAAAAAA